AUGGGGUCGCCUUCUUCCCCGCCUAGUUCGGACCAUCUCCGUGUUCACAGUCCCUCAAAUAGUGGUCGAGAAUCACUGUCCGAUCUGUAUAGCGAAAGCGAAAGCGAUAUUCACAGUGAGAAUACGGCUAUAUACCAUGGAAAUAUUCGACCUCAGCCUGCUCCCCUCGUCACGAACCAGCGAUUCCCGUCGCUCGAAGAUACUGAUGUCGAACCCAAUAGCGCAGACGAUGCCGAUCAAGAAAAGCCCGUGACAUGGAGUUCACUACCCAAGAAAGGGCAGCUGGCCAUUUUAACUCUGGCUCGAUUGUCCGAGCCUCUCACGCAAACUUCGCUGCAGGCGUACAUGUUCUAUCAAUUGAAAUCCUUUGAUCCAUCUUUGCCCGACUCGAUAAUCUCUAAACAAGCUGGUAUCUUACAGGGCAGCUUCACAGCUGCUCAGUUCUUGACUGCUGUGUGGUGGGGUCGUUUGGCUGAUACCGAAUGGAUGGGUCGCAAGAGAGUUCUCUUGAUAGGUUUGAUCGGAACUUUUAUAUCGUGUAUAGGCUUCGGAUUUUCCCGAUCCUUUGUUGCCGCAGCUAUCUUUCGCACCCUGGGUGGCGUACUGAAUUCUAAUGUUGGUGUGAUGAGAACGAUGAUUGCGGAGAUUAUCGCCGAGAAAAAAUACCAAUCGCGUGCAUUUCUGCUUUUGCCAAUGUGUUUUAAUAUUGGAGUCAUUAUCGGUCCGAUUUUGGGAGGAUUGUUAGCUGAACCUGUUCACAAUUUUCCGGGGCUGUUUGGUCCUGGUUCAUUCAUUGGAGGCAAGGAUGGCGUGUGGUGGAUGCAAAACUGGCCAUUUGCUUUGCCAAACCUCAUAAAUGCCAUUUUUAUCUUCGUGGCUCUUUGCUCUGUAUUCCUCGGCCUGGAUGAGUCGCAUGAAACUGCGCGCUACCGCGGCGAUUGGGGGCGCAAGCUGGGAAAGAGGAUAUAUCGAGCUUUUACCCGCCGGCCUGAAUACUACAGGCCCCUUGCUCGCACUUCGGGCGAUGAAUCCCUAUUCAUCGACGCCGAUUUCGUGGGAAGGAACUCAUCAGAAUCAUCAAGCCCAAUUCGUUCACGUAGGCCGCAUCCCGUGGCUCAUAAACGCCCAGCCUUCCGACAAAUUUGGACACGCAACGUCCUCCUUACCAUUUUGGCCCAAUUCCUCUUGUGCUUUCACACUAGUGCUUUUACCUCCAUGACAUUUGUGUUCUUACCUACCCCCCGUGCCUUUGAUGGCUCCCGCGAUGGCUGGUUCCGCUUUAGUGGAGGACUGGGCCUUCCAUCCUCCCGCGUCGGCCUCGCAACAGCCAUAAUCGGCUUUAUCGGCCUCCCACUCCAGAUCUUCGUCUACCCUCGCAUUCAAGGGAAACUGGGAACACUUAUGUCUUUCCGCAGAUUCCUUCCCCUAUCACCUCUAUCUUACAUCCUGAUGCCGUUCCUGGUUAUCCUUCCCCGUGCCGUCUGGAUCGUUUGGCCCUCAUUUACGUUUAUUGUUUCCUUGCAGGUCAUUUCCCGCACAUUUGCACUACCCGCAGCUGUCAUUCUCGUGAAUAAUUGUGUUACAGACCCAUCUGUUCUGGGAACCGUUCAUGGUGUUGCGCAAAGUAUUGCUAGUGCGGCUCGUACUCUGGGUCCGUUCCUUGGUGGUUGGGGCCUUGGACUGGGUCUCACUUAUAAUAUGGUCGGUGCGGUAUGGUGGGCUCUGGCCGUUGAAGCAAUGAUCGGCUGGCUUGUUUUAUGGAAGAUAUAUGAAGGACAAGGAAUACAACGACCGAAAGCUGUCGAAGAAGAGGAGUCCUAA